UGCUGCUGCUGAGCGGUCCGCCUCAGACAAGGCAAAACCGCUCCAGCAGAAAGACACAAAAGCUCAGCGUCUCUGUGUGACCGCCUGGAUUACUGCUCUAUUCCCUCAUUUAUUAUUUUUUUAAACCAAAAAAAAAUCUAUUGUGAUUUUCACUAAUGGUGAUCGGAUACUCAGUUACUUGGUUGAUCAGCACUUUAACGCUAUGAGUGGGCUUCUCAAGAGGAAGUUUGAGGAGGUGGAGGAGGACCCGUGCUACUCUUCAUCCUCUCCAUCAUCACUCUCCUCCUCUGCCUACUCCGGCUGGGACUCGGAUGGCGAGAGCUGCUACUCGGACACCCUGGACUCCACGUCCAGUAACCCGAGCUCACCGGCAGUGUCGUUCAGCACCACCUCCAUCCUCAAAAAGACCAAAAGGCCACGAAGAGGCAACGUGCAGUUUGAUCAGGUGACCGUCUUCUUCUUCCCACGGUGCCAGGGUUUCACCAGCGUACCUAGCAGAGGCGGAUGCACACUGGGCAUGUUGCAGAGGCACAGUGCACAACGCCGCUACACACUGGCUGAGUUUGCUAUUGAACAGCGCCACCUACGGCAUGAGAAGAUCAAGAACCGAAUGAAGGAAGAGAAGCUGGAGGCUCUGAAACAGAAGCUGACUAAGAACGGUACCCAGGAGUCUGAAGAGGCGGACCAGCUGACUGUGGACGAUAUCCCUGAGGACGAGCUCGAUCUCAGCGGCGUGAACCUGGACAGCGGGUCAUUCCUCCACCCUUACCCGUCCAAGAGGCGGCACGCCAUCCUGAAAGCAGCUGGAGUGAAGAAGAUCGACAAGGAGGAGAAAAGGCAGCUGCACGAGCUGCGCAUGUCACGGGAGGACUGUGGCUGCGACUGCCAGGGCUUCUGCGAACCUGAAACCUGCAGCUGUAGUUUGGCUGGCAUCAAGUGUCAGAUGGACCACUCAUCCUUCCCCUGUGGCUGCACCAAGGACGGCUGUGGGAACACCGAGGGCCGCAUCGAGUUUAACCCCAGUCGCGUCCAGACCCACUACAUUCACACCAUCAUGAAGCUGGAGCUUGAAAAGCGUCUGGAGGAGCAUGCUUCUGAAAACGAGGCCGCUUCAGACGAGCAGCCCAAGAUGAACUCGGGAGACCGGUGUCCAGCAGAGGGCGGCGGUGAGCCGAACAGCUCAAGCUUUCAUUUCAACUCCGAAUUAGCAGCUGCUGGAGAGAACAGCUGUAGCAGUGACAUGACGGACUCUUCUAGUUCUUCGGGUCAGAGCGAGGACUCUGAAGCAGCUGACACGCCUCGGAGCGAACAGUCGUCUCUGGACGUGGAUGAGAACGGACUUGCACAAAUUCUGAGCUUCAGCGACACUGAUAACGAUGAGUGCUCUCUCCAAUGCAGCCAGGAGCAGAGAAGGACCGAGCUGUCGUCUGUAGGAUACGGCAUUUUCAGUACUGUGGAAAAGGUGGACGGCGAUGAUGACACCUGUACGCCGACACAAACGGACUCGACAGACAGAGCGGCGGCCGUGUCCGAGCUCUUGGACGAAAACGCGAACCAAGACGACGCUCUGUUUAACAGCGAAUCGGUUCCUAACACACCAUCUCCUACGAUCGAUAACUACAUGGACCUGAGCCUGUCCUCGGAGUCCGACUUGGAGUUCUUUGACGGAUUUCCCUGUCUAGGGCCCAGCUCGCUCUACAACUCUCUCAAGGAGUAUGAACAUUUGGACAACUUUUUUCAGUUUCAGCUGCCCGCCCACCCCAGCUUCCCACAAGUCAGUGACCAAGGCACCGGGCUCUUGGAGUCGCUCAUUGGUUUGUCAGAAUCUGUACCGGAACCACCUACCACAUUCACAGACAAUCAGAUGCUGGAAGAAGCCAUGAAGUUGUCUGUGAUGGAGUAUGUAAAAGUGUGAAGCAGGCGGAUGUUUCAUAUUCAACACUAUGAUAAAGGAUCCAAUUGUAAAUGAAUCCAGCUUUAAUGUCAUUUUGUAAGUUAUAGCAGCCUCUGGCUGUCAAGGCUUAAAAAAAUUCAUUAGUUGCCUUGAAAAUGUUAGCAGUCUUUAUUAUUAUUAUUAUUAUUAUUAUUAUUAUUAUUAUUCCCAUCAAAGUGGCAGCUAAUAUUUCGGUUUAAGGUCUCUGGCUGCCGGUUUAAGAAUAUUUGUACAUAUGGCCAGGAAAGUUGAGCUGAAUUUGUCACCCACAUUGGUGUUAUUACUAUUAUUAUUACUAUUAUUAUUACUAUUGAUAAGAUUAUUUAUAUGAACUUUACACAGGGCACAGAUGGGAGUCUUUAAAAAAAAAAACAAUGCUGAUUAUGCACCUCAGGGACUUUUUCUAGCUUUUGGAAGCAAUGUAUUGUGACCAUACAUCGCUGUGAUGGACCCUAUUUGGCUCUUCUGAGAUUUUCCACCAAAACUCAAAACAGCAUUUUAAAGACCCCUUUAGGUUUUUUUUUUUUCCUCCCCCUCCCCGUCUGUCACGUUUGUACGGUCUGUACGUAAUCACAAAGCUAGAGGAAGACUCCUCUUGUUCCAUAAAAUGGCUCAUUGGAAUCUCUAAUGGUACACGAAUCUCCCCAAAGGCUCCUCAGUUAGCACUUUACCUGUGAAAAUAUCAACGAAACUUCAGUGGGGGGCGGAUGGGUUGCUGACGUGUCGACUUUUUUUUUUUUUUUUGGCAUUCAGUAAAGAAAGACGUGGCACCAUUUUCGGUGUUUUCGGAGCGUCAGGACAUUAGCACAAAACUUAAGAUACCGAGCAUUUGUGUUUUUUGUUUUAUUAACAUGCCAUGAAUAUUUCAGUUUUAAAAAUCUCAUUAAAUACUCAUCGUGGAGAAUCAUUGCAUAACUGUGAUAUCUAUUUACCAUUACUACUUUAUUACUCUAUUUAUUCCUUAGGUUUCGAGUUUAUUUUAUUUAUUUAUCUCUGAACACCGACUGAGUAUCUGAGCCACUCUGAGCUCUGGAAAAGUGAAACAUGCAGCUUCUUCGUGAAAAUAUAUCUUUUUUUUUUUUUUUUUUCCCAAUCCAUUAACUUGUGCGAAGCAAAAUUUCAGUUAAAUUAUUUCACAUUUUUUCAGUAGUGUACUAAUUUAUUAAAUAGUUGCGCAAUAAAAAAGAAAGAGAAAGCGGUGUUUAAAAAGUUUACUCUAUGUGCCUGUUAAUCUAAGGAGCCAUGGUCGCUGGUCUGUUGUAAAAAAAGUUCUUUUCUAAGUGAUGAAAAAAAAAAGUAAAUUAAAAAAAAAAAAAGACAGCCUACCUAUUUCCUAAGAUCAGAAUUGCAUUAUUGUCCAUGAUGUUGCCUACAAUGUAGAGAAUCACACUAAAAUUUUCUAAUUUAUGUAGAUUUGAAGAAUUCUAAUCUCUAUCAUUUGACAAACUAUUUUAUUAAAAUAAAAAAAAACCCAAUUUUCAUCAAAUAUUGACGCAUUUGUAAUAUAUUAAUAUAGUUACACAUAGUUAUACUUCUAAACUUUUAUUCUGGCCAGAAGUAAGAUUAUUUCUUUCUAAUGCCUUUUUCAGUUGAACCGAGACGUGUUUUAAGCUAAAUUUGAUUUAACUGACCACAUAAAAUUGUGGAUGUAAAUGAUUUAAAAAAAUAAAUAAAUCUUUUGGAUAAAUUCUGCAUAUAUUAUGCAAAAGUGUAUCAAAUUAUGCAAGAACAACCCCAACAGCAUUUCUUUGCCCAUGUCUCAAACCUGAACUGAAGGUGGUGAAGCUGGAACAUCCUCGAUGGAGGAACGUGUAGACAUGUACAUACUCCACCUCCCACACUUGGUUUCUAAAGCUAUUGCAUGUGAGAUUCGUUCACAUUUUUGUCUCAGUAUAUAAUUUGCAAGCGCAAAACUGCACAAUCAGAAACGUAUUUUGCUUUUUGCCUUCAUGUGCUGUUCUUGAAACAUGACAUUCAUUUCCAUUCUCGAGAAGGCACUGCUUUCUGCAAGUAUGCCUCGUUUCCUUGUAAAGAUGCAUCACUCCUUAUGAAGAAAUGGAAAAUGAUGGGUAUUUAUUAGGCAUAAUUAUUGUAUGUUUUGAUCUACGAUACUUUUGAAAGUGUUUCUUAAUUUCAUCAUUUAUGUUGUACAUAUUUUUCAGCUUAAAUGGUACUACAGAGCAAACCAAGCUGCUUUUUCUGUUUUAUUUUUUUUUAAAUAUAUUUUCACGCUCAA